AUGUCGACACAAUCGCAAACCCCUCCGACGCCGAAAGGCCCUCGGAAUAUCAACCGACACAAUCAGAAAAGAAGCAUUCCCCCUCCAACACAGAAAGGCGCUUUAGUAACGACGCCUCCAUCGUCUCCCCCAAGGAAUUUAAGCCCGGGAGAAGCAACCACAGACUCCUCAAACAAUGUGAACCUGUGCCAGAAGAAACAUGGUCGGUACAGCAAGAAACUACGAGAUGCACCCAGAGCAUCACCGGUCCAGAAAAAUGGUCAUCGAUACACGUCCUCACAUCCAAACAAUACCACGACCCCUCAACCCAAAGACAGUCCUCACUAUGCAGGCCCCACGUUCCACGCAUCCCCGGCCCCGUCUGCCCUUCCAAUUCCAAGUUUCUUUUCAAAGUCCAUGCCAGAUUCGGACAUCGUGCCAGCAUUGGAGCAAGACAAUGACUAUUAUGAUGCCGGCCCAGAUCUUGAAACCACUCCGUCAAAGCCAAAGCAACGGCCUCAAAUUCAAAAUGGAGGUCAAGAAUCAACGCCUCUCGACUUCCUUUUUAAGGCUGCUGUUGAGGCUAGGAACACCCAGCCACAACGUAGUCCCGAAUCCAACUCCAGGAUCAGGUCCCCACAGACAGACUCCAAGGCCCUACAACAACGCAAAGCCGACGCAGUUUCUAACGGAAUGUUCCCAUUGGAGAUGGAUAGCCCGAACUCACGUAAUUCACAAAUUGGGCCUUCGUUUGCAACAUCAUACAAAGAACGCAUGAAUGCCUUGCGAUCCGCUAGUUCGCCUUCCCCGCCAAUGACAGAUCUCGAUGAAGAUCAACGAAGAGCUAAAACUGAAGCGCUGAAAAACCUAUUACUUAAUCCUCGUCCUCAAAGGCCUUCGUUUUCGUCAACUCUUGCUCAUGAUAACAGUAGCGGGAUCACAGAGCGAUCAAUUCUCUGUCCCACCGUUCCACAUUUUGCAACCCCGUUGAGGACUACCUCCGGCCCACCAGCCACCACCAUGCCUUACCAUGUACCAGGCGAGCAAAGGCCCCUUAGGCGCGGCAAUAUGUUUCAUCCGCCAACUUCUCAAUAUCCAUCCUCUGGUGGUCCCCUGCAACUGCGGACUCACAACUCCGCGAUGAGAAAAGAAGUACUAACGUCAAUUCCUGGAAACACGGGAGGCCUUGCAGGGGAAUCAGCUUGUUUACCCCACGUGGCGCAUGACCCAAAGCUCCCAAAUGGCUAUAUGCAUUCAUGUUCCCCGGUUUCCCAACAGUCUACUGCAUCUCGUCCCAUGUCGGCAAGCACGUCCGCGCAAGCUCUCGAUACUAAGAAGAUGGAAGAUGAUAUACGAAGAAUUUUAAAACUCGACGUCAAUCAAGGAUUCCCUCCUAACGGCAUCCAGAGUUCGUACGCCUAA